AUGCAGACUCCGCUGACCAUUCCUGUACCUGUGAUCCGGCUUCCCCGCGGCCCGGAUGGCUUGAGCCGCGGCUUUGCCCCAGAUGGACGCAGGGCCCCCCUGAUGCCAGAGGGUCCCGAAGCCCCGGGGUCUGCCGUAGUUCGAGACUCUCGGGAAUCCCAGGAACAGCAGGCACGAGCUGCACUCCGGGAACGCUACCUCCGCAGCCUGCUGGCCAUGGUGGGUCACCAGGUGAGCUUCACACUGCACGAGGGCGUGCACGUGACUGCCCACUUCGGAGCCACCGACCUGGACGUGGCCAACUUCUACGUGUCGCAGCUGCAGACGCCCAUUGGUGUGCAGGCUGAGGCACUGCUGCGGUGUAGUGACAUUAUUGCGUACAGCUUCAAGCCCUAA